CUCUGUAAGGCGCUUGAGCUUUAUAUUCAAGCAUCCUGCAAAAGAAGGAAAUAUAUGCACAGAACAGUAUAACACAGACAGAGGAAGAAGAUAACAGACUUGGGUUUUGAUAUGGCUAUGACUAAACCCCAUCACCCAGCAGAGAAAGACGAGAUCACAAAGGAAGGAGAUAAGUCAGAUAUCUACGUUAUCAAACCACGAGGGCUUAAUAUUGUAUGGGGCAAAGAUGAACGCUACUGGAAAAUUCCAGACAAGGGGUGCACGGGACCUCUGGAACUGAUACAGGUCUCAUGGCUGGAAGUAACAAGCUCAGUUGAUUCGUUGGAAUCCGGGAAGGCAUAUGAGCUGACCUUCGAUGUGGAACUGACGUCAGAUGCAUUCGGUUGGAAAGACAUACAAGUGUUCUUGAUGGCAAAGGUAGGGAAGAAGGGAAAGUACAAAUGGACAAAAGUUAAACUCAAUCAGGAUCAGAGUAACAAGAAAGUUACAAUUCCUGAGAACUCGAAGCUUAGCAUUGGAGUCGUUCCAGAGGACUCAACGGACAACACCCUUCAUUUUGGUCUGUAUGAAGUGUGGAGUGGGAAAUGGAAGGGAGGCUUGAAGAUUCAUAAUGCCAAAGUAACUCCUGCUACUGCACCUUGAACCUGUCUGCGAUCUGCAAUCUUUUCUAUCAUAUAUAUAUAUAUAUAUAUAUGGCUAUUGAAAUAUUUCUACUUUGGAUUUUAUAUACAGAAAUCGUGAUCACCCGGUGAAUAUAAAUUUCUAAUUUUUCAUUCACCUGAUGACCAUGAGAAGUGUUUAUGUACGUGACUACAUAAUAAUCAGAAUCGUCUUGUAAGGUGAUUUGAGAUUGUUAAAUAAAAAGGUUUCUUGUAUACAAGGAGCCAAUUGAUCAUCUAUAAAUGCUGUUAGUUCAAUAAUCAAUAAC